AACAACAAAAAAUACUGGCGUCAGAACCGUGUGUUUGAUAGGGCGUUGUCGUCCUGAAAGAUCCUCGUUAAGAUAUCCUUUUACACGACGAUGAUGGUGCUUUGUGCUGUUCGAACAAAAUUAUCACGUUCACGAAGGUCCUUCCGAACGCGAGGUAAAGCAAAAUCUUAAAGCAUAUUCAAGUAAUUGGCACCAGUCCACCGCCAUUGUCCAGAACGAGACACAAAUACAUUACUAUUACUCCUGAGGAAGUUAUGCUAUGCAACGUUUACAGUCGCCUAAAUUCCCUUUCGAAUUACGACCAUCAAAUGGUCAUCAUUACGGCUUCUCCUCACUUCGUCACGACAAAUGCUGGCAUAAGUGCUUAAGAAAGCCAGUGCUAAGUUCCGCUGCAGCGAUGCUGUUCAUACGCCAAACAACCGCAUUCGCCAUUGUGUCUUCUUCGCUUCUGGUCCAACUUAUCUUAAGCCAAUGUGUGUACAAUGGACGUUUGUACAAUAACGCCGAGCAGCUACCUUCGAAAGACCCCUGUGAAUUCUGUAUGUGCUAUCAUGACAACGUUCUAUGCUUAUCGCAGCCAUGUCCACCCCCCGCUGUAGGAUGCCAGGAGGUUAUCAUCAACGGCUUCUGCUGCCCACUUUACAACUGUGGCCCUUCCGAAAUAAACCUGUUUGCAAAGAACGUAUCGGUUUUGAAGGCACCAGCGAAUUCCCUUGCCGCAGCAGGCCAACUAGAUCUGUCAGAUCGCAGUGAUCCCCGUAGCGAUUCGAAGCAACAUAGUCUGCCACUGCCUUUACUUAGGGCGACGAAGCCUUAGGGCCGAUAAGUGUCGGGACUAAAACUUAACAAACGAUUAUUAUGCAUGGAAUAUCACGUAUAACUGCUAUAUUUUAACACCAAUGUUUUUAACUUUUUUCUGUCGUUUUUGUUUUUAGGAGCAGUUGUUUUUUAGUUAUUUUAUCUAGUAACUUGACUAUUAGUUGAAGGCGCAAUAUUGGGCGCAGAAUUAGUUGCGGCUAAGUGGCCUAACAGGGCUGGGUUAGUUGGCGUCAAACAUUGUUUGCCUAAAGCUUGUCACAUAAUCCAACAAAACAAACAACAUAAUAUCCUAUUUCAAAUUCGCUACAAACAAUGAGGAACUGAAGUCGUAUUCUGUACAUUAAAAACAUAUUACACGCUCGGCUGUGAUUUACCUAACUCGUAAAUAACCCAAUACAAUAGAUGUGUUUUCCUCACCGUGUACAAAAUGAUCUUUGGCUGGACGGUUCGUACCACCUAUUGGUGACAUCGUCAGCGCAUACUUUUUAACUUAAUUAAACUAAGUUGAGAGCGAACUGCUACGAUUAUACUAGCGGAAAAUCAAGUUAAGUGUUAGCCAUUCCAUUAUGGCGAUAAAGAAAAUUGUCACCAACUUUGUUUUAACCUGAUGUUCUUCAGGCUUCUAGUUUCACAUUUUGCUAUAAUUGCGUUCCGGCCACGGCUGUUGAUAUCGACGAAUAAAACGGUUCUCAACGGUUUACCAUUCGCUAAGACCGACUGCAAUGAAGACAUGCCGAAUUUACCAAACGGUAUUUUAUAGCGAAACUACUCAAAAAAACCACAGAAAUUAUUUACAGGAAUAUCAGGAAAGC